AUGGACGUUUGGGUCCUGAAGGUCAUCAUCGAUACUGCUGACGACGAUUUCUUUCGUGUGGAGUGUUUGACUAUGGCCGGAGACGGGUUCGAGGUCCAGGUGGAUCGUGGCGAUCGUUUCGGUGACCUCUUCGGUGCUCUUCGUCAGAGGGUUGGCGGGCCUUUCUCUCUUCUCUCGGAGACAGAUUUGUUCUUGAACAAUCUGCGGCCCGACUACCCGGUCAAGGACAUCCCUGAUAUGACACAGGAGCACGGGAAGCCGCUCAACGGCAGGCCCGUCAGGGCGUUGAUCUGGCAUUGCCGCUCCGGCGAGGAGUGCCGCGGCAACGGGGACCAGAUCCGCGGCCUGAGCACCGCGCUGUACCUGGCCAUAGCGACGUCACGCGUGCUGCUGCUGGAGUGGUCCCGCAACGGCGCCGACAUCACCGACCUCUUCUCCAUCGGUGGCAUCGACUGGCGCGUGCCCGUGGGCCUUGACUGUCAGAGCGAGACGGAGCUGACUUGGUGGGCCGUCAAG